AUGGCAAUGAAAAGAAAAAAAUCAGAUCACGCUGGAGAAAUGGUGAAUAUAAUGAGGGAAAACGCAGCCAUAAGAAAAGAAAGAUACGAAAAAAAGAAAUCUUCUGGGCAUGAUGAUGUAGAGCUAUUUUACUUAAGUAUGGCUAAAAUAGCAAAGCGUCUACCAAAGGAAAAAGAAGCUAAACUCCGUAUGGAAAUAUGUAAUAAGGUUUCGGAAACAGAGUUGGCUCACUUAUUGGAGGUUGAAACAGUCAACCUACAAAACACAGCACUAAACCGUCAAACAACCAAUCCAGUAUUCUAUAACACUCAAAACCAAACAACACAUUUACAACCUAAAAAUUUGAGUUUGCAUCCAGAACAAAGAGAAAGUAGUUGA